UGCGCGUGGUGGGAGUGCAUGCAAAUACAUGUUAGAAAGAGGAACUACUGACUGAAAAAGACAGAACUGCUGCGGAUGUUUACCAUACUGAUUUGCGGAUUCUGGUAAGCAUUGGUCGCAGUAACUUAUUCAAAGUGAGUUAAACGGAUAUUUAGCGUCCGCUUGACUGAUUAUUGGUAAAUCGGAUGUGUACGGUGAAAUUUUUUUUUUUUUUAAUCAUAGUAUUUGUGCUGCGGUCGCUUGACAACCUACGUUUUAAGAAGCCGGGAUAAACUCACUUCCUGGUGUUUAAAUUACCGUAUAACAGACUAUCAUUUACCAAGUUAUGGAGGACAAGAAUGUGGGUGUAGAAACCCUGAGCGAGGCAGCACUAAACAGACUUGGUUACAUGCUAGACAAUCUAGAGUGUGGUUGGAAACAGCUGGCAAAGGCAGUGGCUGAGCAGCCACAGUUCUGCUAUAGUGACAAAGAGCUGACUGACUGCUCACUCAAAGUGCUAAGUCCACAUGGCAGCCCCGGCCGAUACCUGCUUGCCCUUCUUGCAGAUAGAGGGUGUACCUUGGCUUUCCUGCUUCAGUGCCUGAAGAAAAUCGAGCACAGAGAGGCUGUUGGAUUUCUCACUACACAUGUGAUGGGGCAGAUUGAUAUCACACUGCAACCACAGAGUCAGCGGGCACCAGAGGAGAGUCCUGUGGUUCUGAGCUGCAGAGCAGUCGGACCCGUGGAGCUCACCUACCAGUGGUUCAAGGGCAAAGAUGAGGUGCCGGGAGGCAAUGGCCCAGAGCUGGUGCUCAAUCCCGUUAGUGCGGCUCAACAGGGCCCCUACAUCUGCCGUGUAAGUUCUGGAGACAAGUACGUCUUCUCCAAAUGGGCCCAUGUACGUCUAGUGAGGCCUGGAGGCGCAAGUGCAGGUUCCAGCAGCGGCUACUUCCCUUCGUCAGCUAGUGGGCUGUAUAUAAUUCAGCAACCUAGGCCUCAAGCGUUGAUGGAGGGAGACACUCUCUAUCUUGAAUGUGCUGCUCAGGCCAACCCACCUCCUCAGUUCCAAUGGUAUCUUAACAAACAGCCAAUGCCAAACUGUACUAGAAGCGUCUUAAAGAUUCCAUGCAUAACCACAGCAGAUAGAGGUAUAUAUUCUUGCAAGGUUUACAACCUCUAUCAUGAAGCGUGGAGUGAUCAGGUUCAAGUAAACAUAGGUCCUGGUUCCUUUUCUGAUGUCUCAUGGGAAGCACCUAAAGUAGGUGCUUCUGAUGCGGGUCCAAGACAAAUGGGUGAUUGUUGCGCCACUGAUAAGGUAGCAUUGCUUAUUGGGAACAUGAACUACCUGCAUCACCGACAACUGAGAGCCCCCAUGGCGGAUGUGCAUGAGUUGACAAACCUUCUACGCCAGUUAGACUUUAAAGUCGUCUCUCUGCUAGACCUCAACUGGCAGGAGAUGCAUAGUGCUGUUACUGAGUUCUUGCUGCUGUUGGAUCGAGGCGUUUAUGGGCUCUUGUACUUUGCUGGUCAUGGCUAUGAAAACUAUGGGAACAGUUUCAUGGUACCCAUCGAUGCUCCAGCCUCUUAUACCUUCAAGCACUGCCUCUGGGUGCAGGACGUGUUACAGCGCAUGCAAGAGCGCCAGACGGGACUCAACGUCUUUCUACUGGACAUGUGUCGGAAACGAAACCCAAAUGAUGAGAGCAUCCCACAACCUGACCCCUUGAGAGUGACCGCAAACAUAGUGUUUGGUUAUGCAACGUGUGUUGAUGCCGAGGCAUUUGAAGUAAAUAAAGAUGAUCUCUCUAAUGGAAUCUUCAUGAGAUUCCUUACGAAAAGACUGAUGGAGCCAGAGAAGGUCACGGUCAUACUUGACAAAGUAGCAGAAGACAUGGGAAGGUGUGAAAUCACUCGUGGUCGGCAGGCUCUAGAGCUGCGCAGUAAUCUCUCGGAGCGUCGCGCCCUAACAGACAGCAUUCAGGCACCAGCAUGCCAAGUCACAGCGUCAACUCGAAACUUACAGUGGGCCAUCGCACAUGUCAUCCCAGAGAGCCGCUGUCUUCAGUUUGAAUGUGGUGUCAAGGUACAGCUAAGUUUCGCUGCAGAGUUCUCCAAUAUCAUGAUAAUCUACACUCGGAUAUUGGAGACACCUAAAGACAUCGAGUCCUGCUCUGCUCAGCUCUCUGACUUUACUGAGGGUCCUGAAGUAGACCUGAAGCACAGCAAUCAGGAGAGUUUUCGCGAGGCUGGCAGCUUACUACUGUCCAUGGAUGAUCUACAGCCUCUGGAACACCCUCAGCUCUUUACUCGUAUUAGUGCCCUGCAAAGGCUAAAGAAAGAGCUCUCCUUUACUGUGUGUCUACACUACAAGUACACUAAUCUGGACGAAGAGCUCUCGGAAGAGCAAAGGGUCAGUGUAGGCAAACCUUUAGUGUCAAAACUCAACCUCUACGAGCCACGACUCUCUCACACCUCCUCCUCUGACCUACAAAUGUCCAGUAUAAUGGAGUCUUCAUCCUUCAGUGAAAGCUUCAGAGCUAACCUCCCCGACUUAAGCCCUUCCUCCAUCGGAUCUGCAUCUACAUCCUGGUCCUACUAUCAGGGACCCAUGGAGUCACCCACAUUCUCUAGUUUAAAGAAUGAACCAGAGGAAACCAUAUGUCCUGACUUCCUUGAAUCCGAAGAACCUCCUGCCAUCAAGAGUUUGCCUAGCGCCUCUUCUCGGGAACUCCCAUUUAAAUUUAGCAACUUACCAAAUUCCCUUUAGCAGGAAAGUGUUCAAAGCUGUGUGUCUUGGAUGUUACAGUGUAUGUUACAGUAUGAUUUUGUUAUAUUCCACCCAGGCUGCCAUGUUACAGAAGCUUGUGAAUCUAAUGUCACUGACCCUUCGCAAAGACCCGCUCCUUUGAUUACUGUCGCUAUGUCCGACAAGCCAUGCCGCUCUCCUCACAUCAUGUUCUCACUCAGUGAAAAAUAUAUUGCAGAGCAAAGAGGAAACUGACAACAUGCCGCCAGACGAGACAGAGCAGGUUACUUUUGGUAUCAAAUAAAGUCUCCGCUUUCAAAUUUUGUACAUUUUUAAGAAAUUCAAAUAAUAAAUACAGUUUUGUGGCUCUUUAAUGUGUUGUGAAAGAUCGCUGUAGCUCCUCAGUUCAAGCAGCACAUGAACCGAACAUCUCUUCGUCUUUACUAGUUAUAGCAUGAAAUAAACAUGAAAGAACAUCAGAAGGUAUCUUGUUUCAAAUGCUGGAAGACGUCAAGACACACCAGUUUUCAAGUUCAACAAUUUUUCAAGUUCAAGUCCACAAACGCUAAUCUACUCUCCAGUCUGGUUUGUUUGUCGGACUAAAAUGGAUUCAGUGUUAUGAACGGUCAGAUCGCCUGUCAAUCAAACUCCCUGCGAAGGGUCAAUUGAGAAAGUUGGUGUACUCUUACAGCUUACAGUAUCAUAUUGUUGAUGAAUUUGCCAGUGCAUUAAAUUAUCCUAUUUUGCAUAUGUUUGGUUUUUCAUUAAACUACACCACAAAAGA